AGCUGUUCCUAGGUACACUUAUACUGCAGAAAGUAAGUCUUUGGUUGAAAUCAUUUUAUUUUUGUAUUUUGCAGGCAGGAAGUCCUACUUCAGUUACUGCACCAAAUAGCUUUCCUAGGACAUCAGUGACACCUUCCAGCCAAGAUAUUUGCAGUUCCAGUGCUGUAUUUUCUGAAUGUUGUCAUCAAAGUCCAUUGCAGUCUGCAGUUGUGUUGAAAACCCCCAAAUUCCAGAGUUCUUGGACACCAGGGACCACUGUGACCAUAAUCUGUCAAGAUGGCUUCUCAAAGGACACAGCCAGCAUCCUCAAGUCGUCUAAGGCAAAAUCAGUCUUACCUUUCUCAAAAUCACUGAAUGAUGUGGACCAAAAAAUGUCAGAUACGUCUGGGAACUGUGAUUUUGUGGAACGAACUAGCUCGGAAGGGAAAUUGCUUUCAGCUGAAGAGCAUUCAUUUGCAAAGAACAAAUUUCAGUUCCUAGAAAAUGGAACUCCGUUUACUGAUCCUAUCUCUUUAAACAAUUCUAAUGUUGUUCGUGGACAAUCUGUGUCAUCCAAUCCACUGAAAGUCCCUUAUCGGGACACUAGUCUUGGAUCUGUAUGUAUACCUCUUAUGGAUGAUAAGGCAGACAGUGAUUCAUCAAAAAGCAAAACCCUUCUCCACUAUAUAUUCUCUUUUUCUCCAAGUUCCAGUGUCCAUAGCCUACACAGAUUCCAGGAACUUGAUGGCUACUCUAGAAGUCUCCAUGCUGGCACGUCUUCUAGUUUGCUUUUGGGAAGCACCGAUUUCUGUUCUGAUUACAUUGCGGACGAUGAUGUGUUUGAGGACAAUAUAGCUGUCCCUGAAGAUGCACGGGAACAGAGAGCUCCACUUUGUUCUGUGGAGGACAGUGAUCUUGAAUGUCCUUACCCCUCAAAAAUAUUUCCCCCUGCCUCCCCUGUGUCUACAUCUGGGGACUUAUGCAGGAUAUGUCACUGUGAAGGUGAUGAUGAAAGUCCUUUGAUAACACCCUGUCACUGUACAGGAAGCCUUCACUUUGUGCACCAGGCUUGCCUCCAGCAAUGGAUCAAGAGCUCGGAUACACGAUGCUGUGAACUUUGCAAAUUUGAGUUCAUUAUGGAAACCAAAUUAAAGCCUUUAAGAAAA